AUGACGUCGACUCGGAACCCGCUGCAGAACCUUAUCCUAACUCCGCAGCAGCAAAGCUUGCUGUUUGCGGCGCUCAAUUCCAAUCGUCCGAACAGCGGGACGUCGAACACUGGCCUCAGCCUGUCUACGAUGCAGUUCGAAGGGUCGUCUGUCCAAGGGACCGAUGGUUUGAGCAGCUUCCAAGGCAGCCCGGACUUUGACUAUGACUACGACUUUGCGGGUGGUGAUUCCAGCUUCGACUUUUCUUUCGAUGAUACGAAUCAGCCCAAGAUGAUUGGCGACCUCCCAGGAUCUAAGAAGGGGUCACCGUCCGAUUCUGCCGAUGGGGAUUCUCCGGAAAAGCGAAGCCAUCCAGAUGAUGGGGAGAACUCCGGAGCGAAGAGACGGGAAAGCGAGGAGAAAGUCGCGAAGAAACCAGGCAGGAAGCCCCUCACUACUGAGCCGAGUUCUAAACGGAAAGCCCAAAAUCGCGCCGCGCAGCGAGCGUUCAGGGAGCGCAAAGAAAAGCAUUUGAAGGACCUAGAGAAUAAAGUUCAGGAGUUGGAAAAGCAGUCCCAGGCCGCAAACAGUGAGAAAGAGGCACUUCGUGCCAAGGUUGAGAAGAUGACGAUCGAGUUGAACGAGUAUAAGAAGCGGUUGUCCUUGCUCGCCAGCGGCCGACCUGCUCCUCAGGGCCCAACGACGCCCUUCGGAAGCCUCUUCAUCAACAAUCUGAACGAUGUCAACUUCCAAUUCGAGUUCCCCAAGUUCGGCAGUCUUCCCGGACCGCCUGCCAAUGAUAUCAAGAAACCAUCCACCAUUCCAUCGCAGCCACAGAAGCAGAAAACCGUUGAUCACCGGAGUCCCAGUGAGAACUCGCAGGACGGUGUCAGUCCAGGAAAUUCGAGCAAUUACAGCCAGUCUCGGACUGUCAGCCCUGAAUGUUCGAGCAGUUACGGCCAGUCUCGGAAUAAGGACGAAAUGGCACAUCUCUCUGGACUCUACACGUCAUCCCUCAACAACGGGCAUGGAUCGUCAGUCGGUGGGGAGUCUCAGUACAACCAUGGCGGCGCGGCAUCAACAAGCUCGCCUUCUGCCUCGUCCAAUUCCAACGCGGGCGGGCCCAGCUCAUCAUGCGGGACCUCUCCCGAACCCUUUACUCAGUCCCCCCUGGGCUUCAAGCCCAUUGAUACGCUCUCUACCAUUGGCGAAGAGCAGCCCAGUCUUAGCAAUCAAUCACAGGAUGCCGGCCGUUUCGCCAAUGGCGGCUUGGACGACUUUGCCCAGUGGCUUCCCCAAACCGAUUUCCAGUUCGACCCGCAGGUGUUCGGUGGUUACCGGGACCCGCAAGAGAACAUUUUGUCGAAUGGCUUCGACGACUUCUUUAACGACGCGCUGGACGUUGACUUCGUCACGCCAUUCAACCUUCCCGCCACAAGCCCGGUACCGCCGAAGAAGGAUCUCAUUGCGCAGAUUGAUGCCGCGAAGGAUGACUACCGCGACCACAUGAGCACGCCGGGCCAGGUUCUGGAUUGCAACAAAGUCUGGGAGAAAAUAUCGAACUGCCCGAAGGCCCAGACCGGCGACUUUGACCUGGAAGGUCUCUGCGCUGACCUACAAAAGAAGGCCAAGUGCGAUGGCACCGGCCCAGUGGUUAGCGAGGAGGAUUUUCAUCAAGCCCUAAAGAAGUAUGUGUGCAAGGACGAAGAGACGGCGGCCAGGGUCGCUGCGGCAGCGAAGCAGACGCAGUCACAGCGUUGA